AGGGCAGGAGGGGAGGGGACCACGAUACAGGAGACAGAAAGGUUUCGCGAACUAAGUCGAAAGACCGUGAACUCUUCAACUUUUUGUGUUAUCUUGUUACGUGAAGGUGUUUUAAGUCGAAGUUAAGACAGUCUAGGCCUUGUCAAGGCGGGAAAGUGUUGUUAACGGUUAUCGAAUAAGAGUGGAACCUUCUAUCUGCGUCCCUCAUUUCUAGCCGGAAUACUGUCACACCGGGACCGUAAAUACAGCCGCCGUCGUAGGAGCUUCUGCUGUCCGACCGGCGGAGAGAAACAAUGAGGAUUCAGUAAAAAAUAUCGCCGUUUCAAUGACACAGACCUGUGCUGUCGGUGGACUCGAAAGCAGAGCCGCUGCGGAGUUCGCGGGUUUGGGUGUGCAAAGGUAAACAGCUCCGGGUAUGGAUUCGUGUCGGCGGGCAGGACUCAGCGGGGUCCUGUGCUCCCUGUCUCUGCUCUGUGUCAUCCUGGACAUCCAGCUGGACGGUAAGGCUGCCUUUAUGCUCUAUAAACACCUGUGCAGACGUAAAUUAACGUAAACAACAACAACGUAGCGGGUGUUGGUGUUCUGGGCUGUGUUAUGUUGAGCGGCGUUCCUAAUAUUUAGUCAGAUUCGUUAACAAACAAACACGAUAUAAUACACUACAGAACACCCCAAACAUCCACCACAACUCCAGAACUACUACAACCAUGUAAAGAAACACCUGAAAGUGUCGAAGCUUCGUGAACGUCAAAUUUAGAAUGUUCGAUUUUAAGUUUGGGACGAUAUGCUUCUCUCCCGAUUCGAUUCUUCUCCGAUUUAUGGAUGCCGAUUCGAUUUAAAUCGCGAUUCUACGAUAUUUUCUUGAUUUUAAAGGUCCUCAACAGCCGGGCUGACACGAAUAUAGAACACGAAAGUAUGAAAUAUUCGGAGGGGAAUUUUGACGCGCCUGGCUAUACACAUAAAGGCCGAUGCGAUUUUGCGACUUUCUGGGGGAAAAAGACGCAUCCCGGGGAAGACUUUUGCCAGGGAAAGUCCCGCCUCCUUCGCCUCUGAUUGGCCAAAAAAGCUGGAAACAUCAUCACACGCUCAAGCCAAACGAUCAGCACUUAUAGCCAAUCAGAGGCAAUAAGAUAAGCACAUGAAACUAUUGUAACAACCGUUAGCAUACGUUAGCACAGGUGAACGUUAAAACAAAGACGCAUAGCAAACUGUUAAAGCACACAAACCAUCGUCAUAUGAGAGAUCCCACGCUACGACUCUUUACAAGUUGUCCUGUUUUUGCUUUUUCUACAUGAAAUAUCACAGAAAAUGAAUACAUUUCACUGUCAAAAGUCAUAAAAGUAGACUACUUAGGCAUGUAGAAGAUGAGAUAAGCAAAGACUGUUUUGUCCAGAUGGGUAACCAAAACUAACAUGAGCAAACAAUCAACAUGGCAUCUGUCCUUGUACUCCAGCAGUUUGUUCACAUCUUUAUUAAAAAAACCUUUGAGUUAUUUAACACUUUGUCCAUCAAAAUCAUAAUGUGAAAAGUUGUGUAACAUACAGACAAAUUGAAGCCCCGUCGUGGUCUUAUGUUGUAUUUUUAUCGCUGUCUCUCUCUUAGUCUUAUAUUCCAGUCUGACUCAGGCUCCGUCUUACAUUUCAGGGGUCCUCGGGGCAACUCAUGUGGAGAUCGAGCACCACUUGGAGAUGGGCCGCAAACUUUUGGCCGCUGGGCAGCUGGCUGAGGCUUUGUCCCACUACCACUCUGCCGUGGGUAAGGUUACACACAUACAUAGACACACACGUACGCAGUGACACACAUUUAUGCUCUCUCACUGUUGGCUGACACUAUGAUUCUUUGCUCCAAUCAUGUCUGCCCUCUGAAAGACUGAGGUUUAGUCAUGAAAUCCAACUUUGCUUGUGUUUCAUUUCACAGAGGGAGACUCUAAGAAUUAUCUGACCUACUAUAAACGAGCGGCAGUGUUUCUGGCGAUGGGAAAAUCAAAAUCGGCGCUCCCAGACCUGACCAGAGCGAUCCAGCUCAAACCUGACUUCCUGGCUGUAAGCACAGCUGAUCACAACCAGAGGAACUGGUUCAAAACAGUUCAGACGACAUUAGCUCACAGGUUUGCUCGUGUUUCAUUUUCUCAUCACCUCUUCAUGUCCCUGCUCUCUUUCAGGCCCGGUUGCAGAGAGGGAAUAUCCUACUGAAGCAGGGCAACACAGACGAGGCUGUGGAUGACUUUGAAGCAGUGGUAGGAUCAAGUCUUAAAGGGAUAUACCGGCGUAAAAUUAAGUUAGGGUCAAACACCCGGUAACACCGAGUUAGACACCACCUCGAGAGAUGAAUGUUGCCGACCGCUUGCUUCUCUAGUUAUACCAACUUUAGUAACGACCGCAUGAUAGCAAUACACAGCGGUCUGAGGAGCCAUAAAAACGCCACUCUAUAGCCACAAAUAAUGUUCAGAACAGCACCUAGCUUCAUCAACAGUACAUAGGGUCCUAGCCACCAAACAUCUUUUUAACUUUGCCUUAUUUCUUUAGCAAAGAGACUAAACACAACUCACCUACUCUCUUCCAGCAGCUGCUUGUUUAUAGCGAGACCUGGACUGGUCCAUUACGGACUACAGCGGGGUGACGCAGCUAAAGGAAGAACAUUUAUGAUCAUUACGUUAUCAUUUCCUACACUGCACUACAGACGCUGUAGGUCCUGUGCUUUAGCGUCUCAGUCUGGUUGCAUUUCCAUGAAGAAAUGAUCAUAAAUGUUCUUCCUUGAGCUGCAAAACUCCGCUGUAGUCCCUGAUAGACUAGUCUGAGGUCUCGCUACAAACAAGCGGCUGCUGGAAGAGAGUAGGUAAGUUGUGUUUAGUCCCUUUGCGAAAGAAAUCAGGCAAAGUUAACAAGAUGUUUGGUUUCUAGUACUAUGGCUGUGACCCUAUAUGUACUGUUGAUGAAGUUAGGUGCUGUUUUGAGCAUUAUUUGUGACUAUAGAGUGGCGUUUGGUUGAGGUUUGUUUAUGUCUCCUCAGACCGCUGUGUAUUGCUAUUGUGCGGUCGUUACUAAAGUUGGUAGAACUAGAGAAGCAAGCGGUCUGCAACAUUCAUCUCUCGAGGGGGAGUCUAACUCGGUGUUAUCACGUGUUUGACCGUAAAUUAAUUUUACGCUAGAAUAUUCCUUUCAACAUGCACUUCAUUUUCAGUGGAAAUAGUGUAAAGUAUUAUAAAUAAAUAAAUGAAGGAUCUAUCUGUUUAUUGGUGUUUGUAGCUUCUGCGCUCUCCGGCCCAUGAAGAAGCUGAGGAGCAGGUGAGAAAAGCCAGCGAGCUUGUGGAGCUGCGGGAAGAGGCGCACGCCGCGUACCACCAGGGAGACUACAGCACUACAGUCACAGUGCUGGAGAGAGUCAUUGAGGUGAGUGACGCCAGCUUCAACACGUCAAAAAAAUACUAAAUAAAAGAAGCAGGAGAUAGCAUGAGUAUGUGUAGGACCUACCAAAGAAGAAGAGAUAAGGUACCAUCAGCUUUCACAAGAGGAGUCCUGAAUGUUUCCAGGAAAUUUCAGGAUAGCUUGACAGCACCACGAUUAUUCUUAUUUUCACUUGUCGUAGAAUAGGAAUUUUGCACUGUGGUAUUAAAAAUGAAAGGAUCUGAGCUCUUCAACCAGCCUGCCGAUCUUUGCUCAUGAUCAUUACAGCCUUUCCCUCGUCCCACUCUGUCCGUCCCACUCUUUAGAUCUCCCCCUGGGACCCAGAGUCCCGUGAGCUCCGCGCAGAGUGCUACAUCCGCAUGGGGGACCCUCAGAAAGCCAUCCAGGAUCUGACGCCGACCACGCGUCUCCGCAACGACAAUCGCGCCGCCUUCCUGAAACUCAGCAUGCUGCAUUACAGCCUCGGCGAGCACCACGAGUCUCUUAAGUAAGCCCUCGGUCAAACAGGCGAAUGCAAAUCCUCCUGAUUUUCAUCUCAUUUAGAAAUCUAAACUCUGUCGGUGUCCCUGCAGUCACAUCCGGGAGUGUCUGAAGCUGGACCAGGAUGACAAGGAGUGUUUCAGCCACUACAAGCAGGUGAAGAAGCUCAGCAAGCAGCUGGAUGCAGCAGAGGAGCUCAUACACAUGGAGAGGUCAGAAAAGAGAAUAAAGGAUAAGUGGAAAUGUCAACCACCUACUCUUCUUCAUGAGAUAAAAUCCAGUGUGUGCUCUUUUAAUAUCUAAACUGAGAUAACUACUUUAACUGGAUUUCCUCUUUUAUAAAACUAGGUAUGAAGAAGCCAUCGAAAAGUAUGAAUCUGUGAUGAAGACGGAGCCGAAUGUCCCGUUCUACACCAACCUGGCCAAAGAGAGAAUCUGCUUCUGCUACGUCAAGGUGCGCCUCACCCCCCAAAAAACACAGACUCUCUGUCGGAAAUGCUCAUCAUCAAUUCUGUUUUUGAAAAUUCUCUGAGAUAGUUUUUCUUCAGUCGACGAAAUUUCAAAAUCCACAAAUCCUGUUUUGAUGAUUUUUAGAUCAAGUUGGCUCACAAGGCCAUAGACGUUUGUUCGGAGGCUCAUCAAAGAGAUCCACGCAACGCCAACAUCCUCCGAGACCGAGCUGAGGCUUACAUUCUCAACCAGGACUAUGAGAAAGGUAGAGUGUGUGAAACUUUAAAUGCAUAUAACACAUUAGAUCAUCUACACUUAUAAGUAGUAAGAUCUUUUCUACAACAAAACUCAACUGUAUCGACUUUACUACAUGGGAACUUUACUGUCAUAUAUGUUUAUUUUACAUGUCAACGUUUUUUUAAAAUUAUAUUUAAAUUUGUUUUUUUGCAGCUGUGGAGGACUACCAAGAGGCACGAGAAUUCGACAGCGACAGCCACGAUAUCAGGGAAGGGCUGGAGCGAGCACAGAAACUGCUGAAAAUCUCUCGAAAGAGGGACUACUACAAAAUCCUGGGUGUCAGCAGGUAACCGUUUACGUACAAGAUCUGCAAAAAGCUGUGAGAAUUUUGAAAAACUAAAAAUUUUUUAAUGGAAAUGUUCAGAAUCUUUUUGUGGAAAAUUAUAGAAGUUAUACUAGUUUCUGGAAAAUGUCGGGAAAUUUCUGUUAAAAUUUUUGUGUAAUUUUUUGAUAAACUAUACGGGAGUUUUAGAAAUAGAUGGAAAACUCCUCCUGUAAAUAUUUAGUGUUUUUGUGAAUUUAUAUCGAAAAAUUUCAGAUAUCAGAAAUUUUCAACUGAGAAAUUUCAGUAGUUGUAGUUUUGGAAAGUUUUGUCAAUUUUGCAAAUUUUUACAAAUUUUACAAAUUUUAAAAGGAAUUUUUUUUGGAAACUUUCUGGUGCCUUCUAUGAAAAUUGAUAGAAAAUUUCAGGAAUUUACCACAAAACUUUUCUCGAGACUUUUUGAAAUUUUUCAUUUAAAUUUGUAGAAAUUACAUUGAACGUUUUCAGGCAUUUUAAAGAGAAGUUUUCACUGGAAAAUUUUAAUAUUUUUUAAUGAAAAUGUUUGGAAAAUGUCCUCAUAAAAUACAGUGAAAAUUUCCAGAUAUCCAUUUAUUCAUUUUUUUGUUGAUGUUAAAAUGUGAACAGAAAUGUCGGUUUCAUCCGACUUCAUGCCUCUAGUCUAAGUUUUGAAUGAAAUUGGAUGAAGCGGGUAAAUUUCACAAACUUUGUUUUUUUUUAGGAGUGCGAAUAAGCAGGAGAUCAUAAAGGCGUACAGGAAGCUGGCACAGCAGUGGCACCCCGACAACUUCCAGUCUGAGACGGAGAAAAAGGAAGCGGAAAAGAAGUUCAUCGACAUCGCUUCAGCUAAAGAGGUCCUCACUGACCCAGGUCAGGAGCUCUUAGUGGGAUUGAAAAGACACGAUUUCAAAGUAGCUUUAAAUGUAGUUUCAGUCUAUUUUUAAUUCGGCCCACAGUGAGUCUGGACUCAGCUCGUCAAAACUGCUAAUAUUUGCUUGAAAAUUUGUAAACACGUUCACAUUUGUGGCAACUUUCUCGAGAUCAUGUAACAUUUAUCCCAGUCCACAAUUCACAUUUGUCAUGUUAGCCAUGUUAUUUCCCUCCUUUAAGGCUGUUUGUGUAAAAGUCUGACAUCAGUCCGAGCAAAAUGCUACUUCCAGAAGCCAAAAUACAAAAACCGAUGUAAUCCACCUAUCAUGUUCAAACUCAGUUGGCUUUCCCCUGUUUUAAAUUUGUCUGCCUUUGCUUACCGUUGUCUCGACAGAAAUGAGGCAGAAGUUCGACGCUGGCGAGGACCCUCUGGACCCAGAAAACCAGCAGGGCGGCGGGGGUGGAGGAGGACAGGGCUGGCCUUUCCACUUCGACCCCUUCCAGUCCGGCGGCAGCUUCCACUUCAAGUUCCACCACAACUAAAGCGAGUAGGACUCAGGAACUGGAGUAAGAGGGGAUUUAUGGAAACGUCUUCCCAGGAACUUUUUGCUUUGGCUUGGACACAUUUGUGGGUGACUCGAACAUUCAGUUUUUUUUUUACACAGCAGAGGCUUGAUACAAAAAAAUUGUGACUACUCUGGACAAAAAUGAAGGAGCUUACUGCGGCUACUGCUGGAGAAAGAAAAUGAAGUCUUGUUUUAACACUUCAGAGCCUUAGGAAGGGGAAGGUUGGUGAUUGAACGCGGUUGAUUUUGGACGUUUGGCGUGUCUGCUCUUAAUAUUUCUUUCUUUGUGCCAUUUUAUUGAGGGACUCUCCUUUUUUUAAUGCAGUAGCUCAUUCUCAGACAUCACACAGGAGGGCUGUCAGUGUGCCGUUUACUGAUCUCAGUCUGAAUUUUCGACAGUGUCAAACCUCCUCAGCUUUUCCACACAGCGACCGCAGUGUGACAGGAAGUAGUGAGACUUGAGCACUAAGGAAACUCAUAGGAAACGUUUUGAAAUCCUAUGGAUCUUAAAUCAUAGCCACUCUGUGAUUGUUUUAACGACAUUCUUGAAUUUAUUUGUUUUUUUUACAGCUAUCUAAAAGGAAUAAGAUGUGAAAUCUGUGCUGUAACUUCAAAAGUCUAUUUAUGCAGCUUCAAAUGUUAAAGAUUUAAGUUAUGAUUGAACUCAAACCUGAUCUGAACUGAAAAAAGGAAAAAGUCUCUUUUAGGAUAACGGUGAAAAACAGUCUGACUGAACUUUUCGUUUCACUCCAUUCAAAGCGCGUCUUUGAAAACUUGCACUUUUAUCCUUGUUAGCCACUCCACUCCUGAAUUGUUACUGCGGGCUUUUAAACGCCUCUCAAAGACCCUCUUCUCAAACCAAGUGCGUCUUUAGCGGUCAUAAGCGCCUAGAGAUGCAGCAGAAUAACUUCUGCGAUGCACCGGGUUUGAUUCAGAGGCUCAGUUUGAGACAAAUAAGUUUCUAUUAAAUAUUAAUAAUUAUUAUUUAACGAGGGCGGUUUAUCAGGUUUUCACAUAAGUUAUUCUGUUUGAAUCCUCGACUGUGUGAAGGGAACGCGUCAGGCUUCUUUAAAAGGACUUAGCUGGACCUUUUUGUUUUCCGGGUUUCUUUCUAUUUGGGUUUUUCUUCUGUUUGUAGCUUGAAUUUUAUUGUUGCCAAACUGAAUCAGCAAAUAUGCUAAAGCGCAUAAAAAUAUUAAAACAACCAUACUUUGUCUGAAUGCCAUGAUUUUUGCUAAAGCAGAUGAAGUAUCGUGCUCUUUUUCAGGAUUUUGGUCGAACUUCUGAUCGUCUGUUAGCAGCUUUACACGAUUUUCUCCUCUUGAAACUAUCUCAAAUAUCAGCUUCUAAAACAAGGCACUCUACAACCCUCCUCAACUGUUGCCAUGUUCCAAAAUUGUCGUUGUGAGUUAACCGGUGUUGGCGAAAUGAUUUGGACUUCGAAUCUGAACCAGGAAGUUUGGAAAAAGCCAGAAAAUCUCUACUAAUGAAGAGCAAAGUGAGUAUGACAAUUUGACGAUUUUCACCAAAUUUGUGAUGUCACAAAUUGAGCAAUGCAUGACAUCAUCUCUUGAGUGAUAUUUCAGGUUACAUUACUCAAGCUGAUUUCUUGAACUUUGCUCCCACACUUGCUAAAAAUACCAUAUUGGAUGUCUCCAAGCUUACUUGAAAGUUUAACAUUGGUGUAACACUCCUUUAAUAGACAUGUUUGACGUUGCUAUGAAACUUAGAAAAGGGCCAAAGUAGCAGCAACCAUUCGUCACUUUUAUUUCCUUAUUUUGUCGAUGACAAUAAAAGAGUCUCAAACACUGGAAAA